UUGGUUAGGAGUUCAGUUGGGAAAAUUUCUCCAAAUGCUGCUUAUUUUCACAUUGACUGCCUACGCUGCAUCCAAUGUGAACUUCUACUCAACGAAAACGUUCCGAAAUGCUAUUUUCCUGAGCAAUUAGUCGUCCUCUGUGAUUUGUGCUAUAAACAGAAAACACACUGCGCAAAAUGCAAACUCCGAAUAUCUGAAAAGUCCCGUAUCUUUCGCUUAUCACACCAUGUCUUUCACGAUGAGUGCCUUACCUGCUCAGUGUGCAAUCGACAUCCCCUUAUUGGUGAAAGGGUUGUCUUUACUCAAGGUCAGAUCACCUGCACAAGUCACGGCCAAGUAUCUAUGUGCUUUAUGAAUUUGCAGUGGACUAAACAGGAAAAUAGAGAGAAUAAACAUUUGAUGCAUUUCCUCCUUGAAGAACCGCAUGAUAAUAUUAGAAAUGCCUCAAUGGAGUUAAAAAUCGAUACGCUAGAUCGCACUUCCAGUGAAUCAACACCUGUAGUUGAUGAAUUCAUGCUGAAAGAAGAAAAGAGUAGGCUACUGGAAUCUCCCAGACGCAGUACACUUCCUAAUAAUCGCCGAAGUGCUUCCAUUAGUCAGCGAUCUUCCGCUGAAGGCAAUUUGAGAAGACAAAAACGAAUUCGAACCUCCUUCACACCUCAACAGAACGCCAUUCUCCAUGCCUAUUUCAAAACUGUAAUGAAUCCUGACGGACAGCUGCUGGAGCAGAUCGCACAUGUCACUAAUCUACCCAAACGUGUAACUCAGGGCGAAUCACAGAGUCUUCAGUUCUUCCAGUGGAAUACUGGAGGGAUGUCACAGGACAAAAAGAUCCCUGUCCAGAAAAUCCUACAAACCUAUGAUGUAGACAUUUUCACAAUUAUGGAAGCAAACAUUUCGGAUGAAAAAGUGAAAUACUACCAAUUCCCAGGUUAUACCCUGUACAAUCUACCUAAAUACCGACAAGUUGCAAGUGGAAUUCUGACUGGAGUUAAAUACGGCCUCACCACACUUUACGAUCUAAUCAAGACCUAUAAUCCACCCCAGAAUAGUCCCAACUUUGAUUUCCUGAACAUCUCAUACAAAACUGUAGUAUUAGGAGACUUCAACGCCCAUUCCACCAGAUGGGGCUACAAGGAUACAAACAUAGCUGGAAAGGAAAUCGAAGACAUACUAAACAGCAACCCUCUGGAACUUAUUUACAGCAAUGAGGAUCCGGCUACAUAUUUGCACUACAAUGGAACCAGAACAACUCCUGACUUACUCCUGGCUUCAAGCGCCAUCAGUGAGCUUGCACGCCGCAAAAUAAUUGAAGAUUGCAAGCGACAUCAGUGA